AAUAUUCUCGAUAAUUUUCGAUGUUUUCAUGGUUGCUUGUUGCAAGGCGGAACCUUUCUCCCGAGAAUCGUGGGGAAGGAUUUUAUUAUCGGACUCGGUUGAUAAAUUCUUUUGAAGAGGAACUACACAGCAGGUGGAGGGAUGAGUCUCUCCCCUGUGAUUGGCACAGAAGUGCCAGAAGCAGCUAACGGGGUUUUGACACCCGGCUCAUCAGAGAAAGGAGCCCGCGUUCCGGUCUCGGUCAAAUGUGCCGGGAGCAGAGAGCCCCGUCCUGGGCAGGCAUCAGAGGAUACGGAGAACCACAUGCAUGCGGAAAACCGAAUUUACGAUGGUGAAAGCCACUUUGAUACAGAGAAGUACAAUAACGGGAGAACAUCUACCAGUUGUACGCAGCACGCCCGUCACGUGACCAACGCCUCACUCCCCGCUGCCUCCCGCACAGGAAGCGCAGAAGACGGGGACUCAGGCUCCAAAGACACAGACAGUUGUGAGGCCUGUGACCGUGCCGAGCCUCCCGAUGCAGCUCUUUUGUGGGACCCCGCACAGCAAGCACACUCCAAAGAGUCAUCUCAGCGAGGAGGCCCCGCUGCUACAGGCAGACGGCAGACUGAGACCGAGACCUUGGAUGGAGACAACGACAGUCGAGACGAGGAGGAAGACGGCGAGAAGGAGAAACAGGACGAGGAGGAGGAUGAGAAAAAUGAAAAAAAGUGGAUUAAUCAGCGUGCAGGAGGGAGAACACACGGAGAGUCUUCACGACAUUACUCCUCCUCAGCCCCUGGUCCCAGCACCUCGUCCACAUCCUCUCCUCUCCCCCCUCCUCUUCUUCCCUCAGACGAUAUCCCCUGCCCCCCCCACGUCAUGGCCCAGGUCUGGGUACGCAACGUCAGGGGGAUGCAGGACAGCAAGAGCCUCGAUGAAAUCAGCCAAGCUUGUGGAGGUGGUUCGGGGACCCGGGUCGGGGGCAGAGGCGGCCAGUCAGAGGGCCGGAGGGCCACGAUCUCCUCGGCUCUGGAGCUAGAGGGAACAGUCAGCCAAGACGGGGAUCUGACUCAUUUCAUCACCAAGAACCUGGAGCAGAAAAUCAAAAUGAGCUCCAAGCCCAGUCUGGACUGCAGUGACUCGGACUGUUCAGGUCCCAUCCUCCGAAGCCGGGGAUUGUCCCGGAGACCGGCGGACAUCCCGCCCAUUGAUCCUGCCGUCCUAUUGGAUCUUCAGAGACACACCCAGGAGGUGGCGCACAGUGUAGAGAUGAUGAUGCGGAGCCUCAAUGGAACAAUUCAGAAUAUGACCGCUCUCAGUGUGGGCUACAUUCAGACCUACAGAGACUCCGUCGACAGCUUGGGGGAGUCCGUGGACAUGAGCAUAAAGGGCAUGUACACACUGAUGGCUCGCUGCGAGGAGCUGGACCGCUCCAUGCAGCCCAUUCACACCCUGUCGGCCCAGAUCCGUGACAUCAAGCGCACCCUAGACGCGCUGGAGGCGAUCUGCAAGUAGCCCCGACUGUCCGUUUCUCAACACACUCCCCAGCUGAGAAGUUCCAGCAUCGAGAGCAUCCGGCACGGGGCUGUGUGCCAGUCGGCCCACCUCUCUGCAGGCAGCAGGUUAAAGAUUGAGCGCACCUCUGGAUUCCAGGAACCAUUGCUACUAGGCAGGCUGGGAUUCAGUCAGUGCCGCCGCGUGUUCAUCGUUUGAAGAUGGUCGUCUUUGUUGUUCUUUUGAGAUUCAGACUGAAUUGCCAUUGAUUUUCUCUCGAGGGUUUUCUCUUAUCUUCUGUUUUUUGACAGCCACCAUCACGUCCUCCAAUGAAUUGGUCAUGAAAUAUACCUCACUAAUCUAUUUUGGAGAUACUCGGCCCAGUGCCCUAGAGACACACACACACACACACACAUACAAAAACCACUCAUGCAAACCGAUCCUUGAAGAUGAGUUUACAGUCUGUGGAGGAAUAUUGUGUCGUUAUCCGUCCAGGCCGCUUUGUUCAGAUUGCACUAAUGUUUCCUCGCCACAUGGGGGCGAUGUCUGUCUCUCUGUCUCUCUGCGGAUAGAGCGGACAGCAUGAACUGCUCAGUAGACAGACAUUUGCACAUGGAACUGAAAGUCUAUUUUUUAAUCUUAUGCAACAACCGAUUCUUUCAAUGCAGGCUUAAUGAGGGGAGCGUCGUUAUUUUAAUAUUUAUUUAUUAGGUUUUGCAGCAUGCUAGCAUUUUUCAACAACGAUGCAAACCACAUCUGUCACUGGAAACUAACCAGUACAAACGGAAUUUUCUCCUCUGAACUUGAGCAUUUGGAGUUUAAGGUCAAAUACUGCUUGAGGGUACUUGUCGCAAGUAAUGAAAGUGUUUCACUUUUCCUACUCGGAUUCGGUCAUGCAGUUUAUCGAUUAAAAACUUGCAAACUUCAUCACUCACAGGUCUUCUUCUGUAAUUUAAAGACACAUCAGGCCAGGUGUUGCAUAACCUCUUUGUGGCAAUCAGAGAAAUCUGCAUAUCCCAGCAUUCUCAAUGGCAUAACCGAUUUGAAAGGCUUUGUACUUAUUUGACCAUCAAAAGUAGAAACGUGAUAAUUUUAGCCAACCUGAAGACGCUAAUGAAAUCUGAAUUUAUUGAAGAACCAGCAAUUGCUUCCUUCUGCUUGUACUGACCAGUCACAGUGACGCAGCCGCUGCGUUUCUGGAAGGAAGGUUUGGUCCACUUGUUUCAACAUCUCUGGACUCUAGAUUCAGUCUUUACCAUCAUGGAGCUUUGUACUUGAUUUAAUGAAGAUACUGUGGUAUGUCUGUCAUUGCUCUGGUGGGUUGUAGAUCAUUGUAUUUCUUCUACGUAGACCUAUUACCGAUGGCAGCAAAGAUUUCAUUUGGUGGAUUUCUCGAUAUUCUUCUACAUAAAUUUCAAAACAAAACUGGAAGGAAAGUACUUGAACAUUUUAGCCUUUGUUCUGCAUUGUAAACUCUUACUGUGUCUUCUGUCCUGCGAGAAAGGCGUUAAUGGCUUCACAAAAACCUCCAAUAGCAAUCUGGGUCCAAUCUGCUCCAUCCCUCAUUGUCACUUUCCUCAGACUUGUUGGCAAAGGUUUGUUCUAGUUGUCAGGGGAAACGUCAGCGAAGAAGGGCCGCACGUCUAAAAAGCUUAAAGGAAAGACUGGAAUGAUCCUGCUGACGUUCAUUUGGCCAAAACUUACCUCCAAAUGUCCGUGAUUGCAAAGUUGUCUUUUGCAGAUAAAGGUAAAUCGACACAGAGUGGACAUUUUGGUGUCUUAGUAGAUUUCCAAGGAUCCCUGAGAUGGGAGAUGGGAGAGAAAAUGUCCUUGUUCAUAGUGUAAAUGUGUGAUUAUUCAUUUUCUGUUGUACAAUAAGAUGACGCACCUGUGUAGAUAUGAUCUCUUUCUGUAACUAAAGAACAAUUUAUAUACCCUUUGUCUUGAGUGUAUAUUUGAAUGAAAAAUAACAAAUAAAUUCACAUUCAAUUGA